AUGUAAAGUAAGAUAUUACUGACGUUAGGAAAAUUUUCUUUACACGGUAAAGGUGUACGUUAGCGGCGUAUUUGAGCGGUGUUUCUUGCUUUUUGUUGUUACUUAGUGAGCACGCGAGUUAAGGAAUAUUAUGCAUUUAAGUGCAAUCGCCACAUGGUUACAUUUUGGGAUUUCACAUUGUCACUUUGGAACAUUCUUAGAAGGUUCUGUGUUUUUCUCUGGAGCAGUACCAAUGAACUUCGGAGAGGCGUACAGGGAUACAUGCUCAGUGGUUGGCAUAGCUGCUAGAGAAGACAAUCAUAAGGUUUUAGAAAAGCUUAUCAAACAAGGACGUCGCAUUAAUAUCGCUGAUAACAGAGGCUGGAUGCCAACGCAUGAGGCAGCGUACUCUGAUGCUCACAAAUCCUUACGGUUGCUGAUAAAAGCUGGUAAUUCAAGUUCUUAUUUAAAUUCAAAAACAUUUGAGGGCCAAACUGCCUUACAUCUUGCAGCUUCCCGGGGAAAUGUGAGAAGUUCUGAAAUUCUUUUAAAAGCUGGUGCACAAGUUAAUGAAACUACAAAUGAAUUGGAAACACCUUUAUUUUUAGCUGUAGGGAGUGGUAACACAGAUACAGUGAAUCUUCUAAUUGAACAUGGAGCAAAUGUCAAUGGAUCUCAUUCACUGUGUGGAUGGAAUUCCUUACACCAAGCAGCUUUUCAGGGAGCCACUGACAUAAUGAAGACACUAUUGGAAAAAGGAGCUAAUAAGGAAUUCCAGGAUGACUAUGGCAUAACACCUCUUUUCAUAUCAGCUCAGUAUGGCAAAUGUGAAUGUUUAACUGUACUUGUAGCCCAUGGAGCAGAUGUAAAUUGUCAGGCCAAGGACAAAGCAACACCACUAUUUAUUGCUUCUCAAGAAGGUCAUGUGCAGUGUGUGGAAGUAUUGCUAUCCAGUGGAGCUGAUCCAAACCUAUACUGCAAUGAAGAGGAAUGGCAGUUACCUAUCCAUGCAGCUGCUCAAAUGGGUAGAACAACGAUUCUUGAGAAACUUAUACCUAUUACCAAUCGAAUAUGUGAUACAGGCAUAGGUAAGGUCAGCCCAGUUUAUUCUGCUGUGCUUGGUGAUCAGGAAGACUGUUUGAAGAUACUUCUGCGAGAAGGUUAUAGCCCAAAUGCACAGGAAUGCAUGAUGUUUGGUUAUACAUCUCCUCUUUCUACAGCCAUUGCCAGAGUAUCUCCCAACAUGGCAUAUGUUCUUCUUGAAUCUAAAGCAUUUGUCUCAGGCAGUGAUUAUAGUUCUUGCUUAAGACAAGGUCACAUGUGCCUCUUCCAUGCUCUUCUAAAACAAGGCUGUCCUUUACCAUCUGAGAAACAUUUGGAGGAAUUUAUUCAACUCACAUUACAUGAAGACAGUCGUUACAAGGAAUGGCUUCCACACCUCUUACUGGCAGGAUUCAACCCUUUGCAUCUCCUCAGUGACAGAUGGAUUCAGUCUGUAAGUUAUGAUGUUCUCAAUUUUAUUCUGGGGUUUACAGAUUGGAAAAGACUUCCUACAGCUGUAAAAAAUAGCUUGAGCUAUCGUGCAGAAAGUUCUACCUGGGUUCAAGAUAAAUAUUAUGACUCUUUACCUGGCUUGGCUCAUCUGUGCAGGCUGAAAAUCCGGGUACUACUGAAAAGCGAACGUCUGCGCACAGAUAAAUAUAUCCGCCAGCUUCCUCUGCCUUCUUGUCUUCAUGAUUUCCUUCUCUAUUCAGAUGCUUUGUAAUCAGUAACAUUAGUGAACACACUUCAGUUCUAAAUGUUUAUGUUCUAAAUAAUGACAUAUUUUGUAAUUGGUGUGUGACCAAAAUAACAUUUAAAUAUGUUGUCAUGAACAUUUUCUACUGUUCAUUUAGCGCUUUUUUUUUUUU